AUGCGUAUCAAACGCAUGACCCUGUCGGUGGAGAGCGAGGCCGACCUGGCACGAAUGCGCAAGGACGAGUGCCAAUAUAGGGAAGUUUUGGACCUACUGGGAACCACGCAGCUAGCCAGGGACGACGAGAGCAAGCGGGUCAGGUACAGCAACAUACCAUUCUCGGCCAACGCCAAGUUCAACGGGCGUGAUGAAGUGCUGGCCACGGUAAAUAGUGCACUAGCUCCCGACAUGGUAGCCUCCUCGCACAAGUCAGUAGCGCUGUUUGGCAUGGGCGGCGUCGGCAAGACGCAGAUUGCACUCAAGUAUGCGUACAAUUCUGUGAACCAUUUCGACGUUGUCAUGUGGGUUGCGGCCGAUAACGCCAUCGCUAUAGGCCAGAGCUUCCGGACGAUCGCCGAUGGCCUUGGGCUGCUCGGGGAUGGCGACGAGAUGAACCACUCGGCGGCUGCUACAUGGAAGAUGAAGAACUGGCUCCUGAAUACCAAAUCCAGCUGUCUUGUCGUGUUUGACAACGCCGACGAUCUGGCUGCUUUGAAGACGGCGUGGCCAGGGGCCACUGGCGGCUCAGUCUCAAUACUUGUGACCACACGGGAUCUCACAGUUGCCAGCUCGCUUGCUGCUCAAAAGAUACAGGUCAAUGCUCUUGGGGAUGACGAAGGCACCAAACUGCUGCUAAGGGCGAUCGACUUAGAAGAUGGCUCUCCGCUGGAUGCAGAACACGCACUCGACAUCUCCAGGACUUUUGGCGGGCUGCCUCUGGCUCUCGCUCAGGUGGCAGGCUUCAUUACCCAGAGACGGUUGGCCCUGAAGGAUUUCCUGCCUCUGUACGAGCGGUAUUCGUAUAGGGUUGACUCUCGCAGGAACCCUGGUAGCGACUAUGAGCACACCUUGAGCACAGUGUGGGACAUGUCCUUCCAGAAGCUGACCGAGACCAACUCUGCCUGCCUCCUUAACCUUUUGUCAUUUUUUGAACCAGAUGGAAUCGCAGAGGAUAUCCUGAUCAACGGUUCCAAGGACCUGGAUGAGGAGUUUCUCUUCCUUUCGGACCAAUUUGACCUCGGCGAUGCUUCGGAAGAACUCAUGCGUGCAGCUCUCGUUCAGCGAGCAGCUCAGUCUUCGGAUCUGUCUAUGCAUCGACUCGUCCAGUCGGCUGUCAGGAAGAGGCUUGAAAAGUCCACUGCCGCCAAGCUUUUCGACGUCGUGGUCCACAUGCUCUGCUGGGGCUUUCCUGAUCACUCGAGUGUCGACAUUGGCCACCAGAUCUCGGCCUGGGCGCGAUGCGAAAAUUGCCUCCCUCACGUCCAUCACCUUGUCGGGCUGGCCAGGAGCUCUGGCAUAGCCGCCCUGGACCGGCAAAAGUACGCUGAUCUUUUACUCCGAUGCGCCUGGUGA